GAGGAUAUGGAGAUGAUUUAUAGAAGGAAUUGAUUUUUUUUACAAUUGGAACGAUCAAAUAGAAUAAUUUUAUAAUUAUUGUUGUAUUUUUGAGAAAUCUUUUUCUGUACGCAUUGCAUAAAAUAAGAAGCAACGUUUCAUUGUUAUUACUUUCUCCUUAAAACAGCAUUAGAUUUAAUUGCUAUACGCUGAAGCUGUAUAUACCUAUAUUUUUGAAGCAAUAAGAAUAAGAUAAGUAAAAAAUUAACAUUGAUAUCUCGGCUAUAAUUAUAAGAGGAAGGAAUCAAGUUAUUGUAAUAAAAUUCAAUAAAAUAUACAUAUUAUUAUUACUUAGGAAAUAUUAUACUUAAAAAUAAUUAAAGAAAUUUAAGAGAAAACAAGUGGGUGAUGUAUCAAAUUGUUAAAUAAUUAAUAAUAAAAAAGCAUUAAAUCAUAUCAAUCUCAAGGACAAACAUAACAUCUUUUUAGUCUGCGCCGUCAAUAGGUAAAUAGAACGAACGGAUUUUUGUGAUAGUAUAAUUGCAUCUGUAAUUACUCGACCUUGCUAAAAGUUUCGUUCACUUCAUAUACUGGCACGUAAGCGACGUAAGAAGGUUUUGCGAGGCCGAGCGCAAAACGGAAGAGAGAAACUUGAUUAUAAAUGAACAAUGAAGAGAACUACGGCCUAAGAAAAGUGCAAUAAGUGAAUAAAAAGUCGGCAAUGUCUUCUAAGGAUUAUUUACCAUAUUAUGCAGCUGGAGAAGUCGUCUCUGGCUUUGGGAGGGGAUCCAAGUCAUUGGGAUGUCCAACAGCCAACCUUUCAGAAGAAAUUGUGGAGGCUCUUCCAUCAGAAUUUGAAACUGGGAUUUAUUAUGGAUGGGCAUCUUUAGAGAAAACUAUAUACAAGAUGGUUAUGAGUAUUGGUUGGAAUCCAUUUUACAAAAAUGACAAAAAGUCCAUGGAAAUACAUUUACUUCAUAAAUUUGAAGAUGACUUCUAUGGCAAGGAAUUGAAAGUUAUUGUAUUAGGAUACAUUCGGCCAGAGUUGAAUUUUUCAUCAGUUGAUCAACUCAUUAAAGCCAUUAAUAAAGACAUUGAAGUAGCCGAUAAAUCUCUUGAUGAAGCAACUAGUGUAAAAUACAAAGAGGAUCCAUUCUUGAAAAGUUGAGCUCAUUUGAACAUGUAUUACACUCAUAUGGUAUUUUAGAUAGUGCAAUGAAAUAUAAAGAUAAUAUAUAUAUAUAUAUAUAUAUAUAUAUAUAUUCUUUUAACAAAAA